UUCCGCUCCCGCCGCUUCUCCGCCGGGCUCCCGGAUUUCGGGGGGGGGUGGGGGAGGGGCUCAGGGGGGAUCCCCCGAAUUUUGGGGACCCCUCCCCCCAAAUGGCCGAGGAGCUCCCGGUGGAUUUGCGCACCAGGAGACCCCAAAAUCCCCCGAAACCUCCCCAAAAAUCCCGGCCCGAGACUUCGCUGCCGCUGCGCAAGCGCCGCUCGGCCAUGGGGGGGUUCGGGGGUGGGGGAGGGGUUGAACCCCCGCGACCCCUCCCCCUCCCCAACCCCCAAAAUCGGGGGGGACCCCCCGGGAAAUUCCCCAAGCUCGGGGGCGUCGGAGCAGGUCUGAAGGCGGAGCCGGCGCUGGGGAUUUUGGGGGGGGGUUUGGGGGUCGCCCCUCCCCCUCCCCCCCCGAUUUUGGGGCCCCUCCCCCCAAAUUUCGGGGUCCCCCCCGAGCCCCCCCUGGGCGCUGCCAUCGCCGCGGCCACGAGGCAGGACGAGGAUGGGGACACGCCCCUGCACAUCGCGGUGGCUCAGGGCGCUCUGGCCGUCGCUCGCCGCUUGGUGGCGCUGUUCCUGCGGGGGGGGCGGGACCUGGACGUGUACAAUCACCUGAGACAGACCCCUCUCCACCUGGCUGUCAUCACGGGCCAGGUGUCGCUGGUUCGGCUCCUGGUGGCGCAGGGGGCGUCGCCGAUGGCCCCGGACCGGCUGGGCCGCACCUGCGCUCACCUGGCCUGCGCUCACCUGGCGGCGGCCGGGCCCCGCCCGCGGAUCCUGCGCGAGCUCCUGCGCGGCCCCGGCGGCGCCCCCGACCUGCAGGCGCGGGAUUACGAGGGUCUGACCCCCCUGCACGUGGCCGUGGCCUCGGGUUCCCGCGAGAGCGUCCUGGUGCUGCUGGAGCACGGCGCCGACGUCGACGCCGUGGACAUCAAGAGCGGGCGCUCGGCGCUGCUGCACGCCGUGGAGAGCGGCAGCGAGGAAAUGGCCGAGCUGCUCCUGCAGCACGGAGCCUCCGUCAAUUCCCAAUCGUACUCCGGCUGCACCGCCCUGCACGCGGCUGCUGCUCGGGGCCGCCUGCGCCUCCUGCGGCUCCUCCUGCGCUGCGGCGCCGACUGCGGCCUCAGGAACCUGCACAACGACACCGCGGCCGGCGUGGCGCUCAACUCCCAGGAACCUGCACAACGACACCGCCGCCGGCGUGGCGCUCAACUCCCAGGUGAUCGACAUCCUGCGGGGAAAAGCCUCGAGACCCCCCCAGGACCCCCCAAAAUCCCCCCGGGACCCCCCCCACGGCAGCGCCUCGGAGUCCCCGCCCACUUCCGGGUCUGCAGCCAAUGGGGCGCAAGGGGCGGGGCCUCCGCUCCCGCCAAUGGGCGCGCAGAGAGGCCCCGCCCAUCAACAGAGCACGGACCAAUCAGAGGCGGCGAUGGGGAGGCCCCGCCCCUCAGCCCCUCAGAGGCUCCGCCCACGCGAGGGGCGGGGCCAGGGCAGCAUUAAUGGCGCGAAAUAAA